UGGAGGCACCUGGUGUGGAGGAUGCUGCCCAUGUUGCUCUUCCUGCUGUAGCUGCUGUUAAACCUCGCCUGUCUCUUCAGAAUCUCGGGACAUAAACAAGCGGGAGGCUCUUGUACUUUUUUUUCACCAGCAGGCUACAUUUUUUUAUUUUUUUGUUAAGGCCAGAGACCAAUAUGACGGCCAGUGUGGACCUCAGUUCCUACAGGGACCAGCACUUUAAGGGCUCACGCACAGAUCAGGAGCGUCUGUUACGGGGUACAAGUACACUGUAUGUGGGCAACCUGUCCUUCUACACCACUGAAGAACAACUCUAUGAACUGUUUGGACGUGCAGGAGAUGUAAAGCGCAUUGUCAUGGGCCUUGACAAGUUUAGGAAGACUCCAUGUGGCUUCUGCUUUGUGGAAUAUUUUUCCAGAGAUGACUCAGAGAUGUGUAUGCGGUACAUCAAUGGCACGCGGCUAGAUGACCGCAUCGUACGAACGGACUGGGACGCUGGCUUUAUAGAGGGGCGACAGUAUGGCCGAGGCAAGAGUGGCGGUCAGGUUCGUGAUGAGUAUCGAACAGACUAUGACAGUGGACGAGGAGGCUAUGGAAAAAUCGUUCAGCAGAAGAUCCUCCCAAAACUGCCUUGAGCUGAGGGUUUUCUACAUUGUGUGACACUGGAGAAAUUAUCUCCAAAACUCAGUGACUAAUGAAACUGCACAUGUGCAAGGAGUUGUGUGUUUCUUCUGUUGCUUCAGCUGAUGAUGACGGUACCCACUUAAUAUAUACUGGUACUGAAUAUAUUGUUUCUUUGUAUAUUAAAUAUUAAUGAUUUUAAGUUUCAUAUAUAAAGGGUACAGAAACAUUCAUAGGAAGUCAGUUUACAGGUGUUAUUAGUGUUCAGUUAACAUAGAAGUUCAGUUUCUUAGACAACAGAUUGUGUUUCUUUGGUAACUGGUAGAUGACAUAAGUGCAUUCCCCUUUAGAUUAAUGUGAUCUUAUUCAUAAUCAUUCAUUCAUUUACAUUAUUACAAUAAAUACUUUAGCUUAUAAAGAAAUAAUUGUGUGUUAAAUUGUGCUAGGUUGAAGCACAGAUAUGACAUUUGUAAGUUUGGCUCUAAACACAGUCAAGCUUUUGUCAUUCUUACUACUAAAGGGAAUGUAGUUUGUGUUGUCAAAGUACAGUGUAGAGAAUAAGGUCUCGUGAUGGAACUUGUCAAAGAGUAGCACCUAAUUGGGUUAUGUUAUCCUUUAAGCAGUGAGUUUCCAAUUUUCCUUCAUGCCCAAGAUGGGUCUGGAAAUUUUCAAAGAGAAAUAUACUGUACUCACAGAGUUGUAAAUGAUAACUAUACUUAAAACAGCAAUUUGAAGCUAAUAAAAUGCAGCACUAAGAGUCAGCUUAGAGCUUAACAA